AUGAGCUAUUACCAUCCCAACUCGAGCCACACCAACUUCCACUCGGGCAGUGGCGCCUCCUACGCCUACCCUAACUACACCUCAUACCCUGCCUACGCUUCCUACGCGCAGCAGCCGCCGCCGCAAUAUUCGUACACUCAAGCGCCGCUACCGCCUCCGCAGCAGCAGCCCCAGGCAAUUCCGUACGCCGUGCCGAUCGACGCCGCUCCAAUGGCUACGCCUCCCGCCCAAGAAGCGCUCGACUAUUCGCGCCCUCAGACUUGGCGCAACAUGCCACAGCAGCAGGAGAGAGGAGCCAACGUCAGCACCGCCGCCGGCCGACCGCCAAGCUUCAAGACGGAGCCAACGCAGCGCGCGGGCCGCUCGUCCAGCAACGCCAGCGCUUCGAGCCUUGACAGCACUACGCCCUCGUCCACCUACAGCGAUGCGGCGAUGGCUGCUAACGCGUCGCUGGCUGCUGCUGGAGUCGCUGCUGGUGCUGGCUAUGCCGGCGAGAGGAACAGUGUGUCCAGUGCGACGUCCAGCGCCACCAGAAGCAGCGUGGACGCCGCGGUGGACACGAUGUGGGAAGCGCGCCGCGCCCGUGAAAAGGCCGAAGAGGAGGCCGACCAGAAACUGCUCGACGCUGUGUGCAAGGCGUCGUUAGCCGAGUUCAACGAGCGGGAGCGCGCUCUCAAGGUGUACGAGUCGGAGACGUCGCAACGGUCACUGGAGCACCAGACGUCUUCGGCGGCGCUGCAGCAAGCCAAAGCUGAGGCGGAGCAGCGCAAGCGCGCGGCCAUGCAGACCGUGAUUGACAGCAAGACGCGCGCGAAGCAGAUGAGCGAAAAGGCUCGUGAGGCCACCUCGCUCUACGAGCAAAAGAACAGCGAGCGCCUCGCCAAGCAGGCCGAGCUUGAAGCAGCCAAGAUGCGUGAAGCGCAGGAGGCAGAGCUACUCGCCGUACAAAAGCGCAAGGACGAAGCCAUGCGGAAGCGCUCCGAGGCGGAGCAAAAGGCUCGUGAGGCGCGUGAGAAGGCGGAGGCGAUGCGGCGCCAAGCCUUCCAGGCGGCGUCCAAGGUCCGCGCGAACUCGCGACGUCAGAUUGAGACGCAGCUUAGCGAGGAAGAGGCCCAGCGCCAGCGUGAGAUGCAACGCAAGCUGGAAGAAAUCGAGCGAAACAAGGAGCUCGCUCACCAGCGGAAGGAAGCGGCCGCCAAGAAGGCAGAGGAGGCUCGCCGUCGUGCUGAGGAGCUGCGCCUGAAGGCUGAACAGGCUCGAGCAGGAGUGAAGACCAUGGCAGCCCCCACUUCUUCAGCUUAA